AUGUCUUUGUCGAUUGAUCAAACAAAAAGGUUUACAUUCAAAGAAUUUGCCUUGUUUGCCAGUGUGCUGUUUAUAAUCGGUCAACAAAUUGUAGCAGGAACGGAUUUCUGGUGUCCAGAAGAAACGCUUACUUGGGGACCAGAUGAUAAACCAAUCACUUGGCCAGAGACCAUUGCAAGUGAUAAAAAAAUUGCCUCCGACUGUAUCGCCAGUUCGAAGCUAUUGCUGGCCAGAAACUGUGACAGCGGAUUAAGGGACUGGAAUCCCAAUCUUGACGAUACUAAAACGCAAUGUGUGUAUUACCGAGAGUCAUAUGACGACUACGUCAGCUGUCCGCCUGGUUACAUCGAAUCCAAAAUAGGUGACUGGUGCUAUCAAAAAAUAAAUUCCCAGUCCUGGACCGACCUUUGCCUGAAAACUGGUGCAUCUUCUUUAUCCUUUCUUGAUCUAAGUUUCGACGAACAGUUCAACAUCUUACAAGAAUUACAAUCGCAUGCUUCCAAGGGAAAUGUGGGACUGCCAGCUAAGAAUACGAUCCCUAAUGUCGAAAUUGACAAUACGACAGAGAAAGUUGAACUGCGAUGGCUACUACCUGCAAAAUAUGGCUCAAUAUUAAGGCUAAGCAACAAUUCGUUUAAAGUUACUUGCGGUGGCUAUCAAAAUUUGUGCUUCGAUACGUGUUUGUCGAUAAAUCCAUCGCAAAGUACCGCUGACAUGCCAUUUCAGCUGACUCUUGAAACUUGUGAUAACAUAAAUAGCGUGCUAUGUGUUAGCAGAAGAAACUCGUUCGUUCGUGACAUGGGAUGCUCUACAAAAGACUAUUAUCGUGUUGGAUAUUCAACCAGCAACACUUUCAGUUAUUCCAUAAAAAUCUUUGACACACCGUUAACGAUUGAUGGAUAUAGUCCGGGAUCAAUUACAGAGUUCCACUGCGAAGGAAACAAAUUGUUCCGCAUGGACACUGUGGAAUAUUUUACAAUAUAUCGGCAGUUGGCUUCUAUCGUCAAUUUGACAAUGAAGGAGCGAUGUUUGUUUGGGGCAUCCCCGUUUAGUGAUGUUGUAACGUAUAAUUACUGGGGUCAUGCAGAUCCCUACGAGAUUAAAUUUACAAAUUGGGAUAAAAGUGUGGAUCUUAGUACAGUUCAAUCGAGAUCCGAUAGUUUCUUGACCGUAAAUUCUCAAGGCGAAUGGAGUUGGGAGGAAAGUGCUACAUGCAUAGUUUGUGCUAUGGAUGAUACUCCAACGUUGAGUCAAUUAAUUUUAGAAUUUAGCACUCUCGACUCUAAAUUAACACUACGCGUGGUUGGUCGAGAGAAUUUAUGGAGAGAAGACAAUACCCAGCUGGGAUUUUUAUGUUUUGCUCUAAUCGGUAACAAUUACGCUGAAGUUCAUGUAGAAGCUACUUCUCAAGGUUCAUUUUCGUUAGCAAAUGUCGGUGCUGGUUCGUACUGGUGCUCAGGCCAUCUCAUUCAAACGAUCGAUUUAAUCCAAUCAAAUAGUGUGGCUGCGUUCGGAAUGGUCUUUGCGUUUGAUAUUCAAUAUCAUUGCGAAGCAGAGUGUGUCCAGCCAUUUGACGUAAUGGGAAAAUUUGAUAAAUUUCUAAGCUCAUUCUUGAGCGAAGCACCAAUAAAAAUCGACGAUUCACGUUACAUAGAUUCCGCAGAUAACAUUCCUCCAAACGUAAGGUUAAUGUUUCAUGUGAUGAUGUCGACCGAAGAAGAAAUUUCGCACGACAGUGAAUUCAAUGAAAUUAGUCUUCCUGAUGAUGAACUCUAUACGUACUAUAUCUUAAAAGUAUUGCAAGGUCUACCGUCAGAUCUUGAUGGUUUUCCAUUCGAUGACCUGCUCAUUGCGUCUAGAGAAUUCUGUUUACCCGAUACAUUGGCGACUCCGAAUUUGAAUUGGAAAGCUGCCAAGGUUGGAGAAACGAUUGAGUUGUCGAAAAUGGACUUCACGUUUACGCGCACAUGCUCGAGAAAUGGCACAAAGGGAGCGGUCUGGGAUGAUUAUCAGAUCAAACCUAACAAACACACUGCAAUUAGUCGUAGUUUGACAGAGUUACAUAACAACUUUCGUUCCACACAGCAAAUACCGGAAGUUUUAUCCAACCUUUCUACGACACUUCAAAAUGUUACAUUGGACGUAGCUGACGUUUUCAUAGUUAGUGAAAUUAUUGAAAAAGUUUCCGAGUUUCUGACAGCGGAUCAGGUCGGUUUGUUAGGCUGUGAGUUGCAAAAUGUCUUCGAUAUUUUCAAUGAUCUCAUGUUAAUUUCGGAAGAUGUUGCUGCCACAACAUCCAGCCAACUGAAUUCCACCAACAGUCUGUUAGCGUCACUUGACGAAAUACUUAUCAACCAAGCCCAGAAUAUGCCUGACCGUGAUCCAUCGUCGAUUGGAAUUUUAUCCAUAAAAAAUUCAUUUAUAGCCAAUUACAUCAUUGAUCCCUCAGUCAACGGUUACAGUGGCAUUGCAUUAUUUGAUGCAGAUCAAACAACAGAUGACGAAGAUUUUCUCAGUUAUGCUGUCCAAUAUCUAAAACCUAAUCGGUCACUAGAGACCAUAUUGCUGGACAAAGAAGUAAUUUUAGCGUCGUUCGUGCCACAGGAAUUGAUUGAAACGUGGAAGAAUCCGAAAAUAAUUUUUACUCUUUUCUUUAACGAUAUUCUAUUUCAAAAGGACGAAAAACAGUUUAAUCCCGAUGGCAGUAUCAUUUCGUUGUCAAUUUUGAAUUCCAAUCCGAAAUUGUCAAGUUCAAUUCCGUUCUUCUACAAAGCCAACACUACACUUUACCGUCGUGCUAGCUAUGCGUCCGAACAAUUCUGUGGACAUUGGAGCUUAUCAGACAGUGAGUGGGAUGGCAGUGGAUGUCUCUUCAAUAAUCUUUCUCUUCAAAGAACGGAUACAAUUUUGUGUGAAUGUUCACAUCUCACGCAUUUCGGUAAUUUGGUCAACACUGACAAUAGGCACAGCGAAAAUGACGAGAAGGCUUUAAACCUAAUAACAUUGAUUGGAUGUUCAUUGUCAUUAGCAGGAAUAAUCGGCAUUUUUCUAACUGCAAUAAUAUUUCGUAGCUGGCGCAGUAAAUCGAGUUCCAAGUUUCUACUUCAAUUAUCAGCUGCCAUUGCCGUUCAAAUGAUUUUAUUGAUUUUCAUAAAUUCAAACGACGAUGUGCUGACGAUCAUUUCGAAGAAUCUGUACGGUUGUAUAGCGAUUGGAGCGUUGGUGCACUACUCGAUUCUAGUGAUGUUCUUUUGGAUGCUAAUCGUGGCGUACUUACAAUUCAUUCGCUAUGUGAUCGUUUUUAAUCAGAUUGCAACUGCCAACUUUCUUUUAAAAUCCUCCAUCUUCGGAUGGGGCAUGCCUAUGCUACCUGUAUUCAUUGUUGUAGCGGUCGACCCAACAUCGUACAUUCCUUCUUCAAAUAUUCGGUUUUGUUACCCCAGUGGUCUUGGUUUGUGGUUCGGCCUUCUGGUACCCAUAAUUUUAAUUGUCAUUGCUAACAUGGUUGUCUUCAUCGCAGUUAUUGUCAGUUUAGUUAAAGGUUCCAGUAAAAGUGCUGCCUGUAAAGUUAGCGACAAAAAUGAGGCGAUAUGGUCUCAAUUGCGAUUGUCAGUGUUUCUGUUUUUCGUAUUGGGACUGUCGUGGAUUUUCGCCUUUCUGUCCAGUUACUCCGUUUUGUUUUCAUAUCUAUUCUGUUUGACUGCAACAUUUCAGGGACUCGUUUUAUUUUUCUAUUUUGUAAUACUUGACCCGGUUGCGAGAAAUUUGUGGCAUCGGCUCUUGAGGAGAUUUUGUUGCUACAGAAAGAGUAAGUAGUAAGCAUUUUGGGCCCAAAGUU